AUGUUGAUUUCGAUCUGUUUGCUCGAUUCACGUUGCAAAAUUAAGGCUCUGCGAGCGAAAACCAACACAUACAUAAAAACACCAGUUCGCGGCGAGGAACCGGUGUUCGUGGUCACCGGACGUAAAGAGGAUGUGGCGAGAGCAAAACGUGAGAUCCUGUCAGCAGCGGAACACUUUUCGCAAAUCCGUGCGUCGCGCAAAUGCGGCGCGGCGCCGCCGCCGCCGGCCGGCGCGCCCGGACACGUGACCGCGCAGGUGCGCGUGCCGUACCGCGUCGUCGGCCUCGUCGUCGGACCUAAAGGCGCAACCAUCAAACGCAUUCAACACACGACGCACACCUACAUCGUGACACCGUCUCGCGAGCGCGAGCCCGUGUUCGAGGUCACCGGCUUGCCCGAAAGCGUGGAGGCGGCGCGCAAGGAGAUCGAGGCGCAUAUCGCGCUACGCACGGGAGCCGCCGGCGGCGCCACCGCCGCGCCCACAGACAGCGAGCCGCUGGCGCAGUUGUACCGGGCCGGCAUCGCAUCUCUGCUCCGACCCGAACAGGAAGCGACGUUUUCUUCGGCCGGCUCCUGCUCCUCGGGCGGGUCCUCGGCGAGACUAGGCGACUUACUGGGGAUUUGGUCGUCGACGGAGCGCGACGAAGGGCUAGGCGAGUCGCCGUCAUUCGAGUCUCCGGGAGGAGCGGCGGGCGUGUGGGGCUGGGGCCCGACGCGGCCGUCGCCCGCGGCGUCGCCGGCGCGCGCGUGCCUGGUGUGCGGCGAGCGCGGCGUGGCGGCGGCGCUGGUGCCGUGCGGCCACAACCUGUUCUGCCUGGAGUGCGCGCAGCGGCUGGCGGCGGGCGGCGCGCCCUGCCCCGCCUGCUCGGCGCCCGCGCACCAGGCGAUCCGCAUCAUCUCGUAAGCGCCGACGUCGCCGCGAGCCGCCUCGAGCCGCACGCUCGCCCGCUAGGGAUCGGUCUUUUUUACUCGAAUCGUUAUAAAAAUAUUAAAAGAAUAAAAAAUUGCGUAAUCGAAAUCCUGGUGCCAAAAGUCGGCGCCUCGCCGGCACGGCCCGUCCGCCGCGCCGUACCUAUCGUAAGUCGGCAGAGUUGUUCUCGAUAUAUUUUCUUAUUAUGAACGUUUUUUAUUAGGUCGUCGAGCGCGCGCUGCGCUCGCCGCCGCAGAGAGAGUCGAAGUACGUUACGAUAGAAUUUCGAAAAAAAAACAUAAAAUUUAAAAAAAGUUGUAUAAUUAUUAUUGAUAGCAUAAAUGAGAAAUCGAAAAAUUUAUAAAGCUUACCUAACGUAAUAGCGUAAAGUAUUAAGAUAUUAUUAUAAUAAUAUAAUAGGCGAGGGACGGGCGGCGCGGGGAGCGGCACGCGCGGCCUGUUGUCUGUUCAGAGUCUAGCUAGAGUAGUGUAGUGAAGUGAGUGCGCGCGAGUGUGCCGCGCCUAGCUAAUGUGUUGUUUAUAGGUAAUGAGUUGGUUGUGUGUAGCGCCGCGCCGGCCCGCGCCGGGUCGCGCCUGGUCGCGCCCGGUAGCGCCUGGUCGCGCCUGGUCGCGCCGGGCCGCGCCGCGCCCGUAGGUAAGGUAAUGCGCGAGCGCCGAGCGGCCGCCCGCCCCGCUCCCCCGUGCGCCGUGCUCACAUUAUUUUGACUAUACGAUUAUUCGCUUAUACGUACGUACACUAUGAUUAUAAUAAUAUUAAUAUAAUGUUUGUUUUAAGCGUGUUUUAAUGUUUAGAUUUUUAUUGUAAUGUUUUUAUGGAUGAUUUUUAUCUGUAUGAUUAUUAUUAUUGAUUAUUAUUUUAUGUGUUGACGAUGUUUUUUUGUGAUUAU